AUGAUGGGGAGGAUAUACGAACAAGCCGAAACGGUCAAGAUCUGGCUUGGCAAAGGGGAUGCCCACUUGGUAAAUCUCGUAGGCCCUUCUCACAUUGGAAGGUAUGGAGUUAUGCCAGUGGUGCUCUCCUUCAUUGCACAGGCGUUGAGAAAUAUACAAGGUGGCCGAAAUCGCCUGGCGUCACUGAAAACUGCCGAGGACUCCGUCAAUCGCAAUAUGGCUUAUGGAUUUCCCGCCCCGUCCGCUUCUGAGUGGGAUGUUAUGCGUGGAUUCUUCUCGAACCCGUGGUUCCAGCGUGUCUGGGUAGUGCAAGAGGCAGUCCUUGGAAAGCAAGCAGUAGUAAUUCUCGGCGACUGGGAGAUUCGAUGGUCUGCGCUGGGACAGGCUGCCCUAUGGUUCCAGAAUAUGGGAUACGCCAUACCUCCUCCAGUCGACAAGGUGUAUGCAGCCUUCGGCCUCGCAGCGGAAACAAGACAGUUUGUCGAUGCGGAACUCCAAGACGGAGAACUCUACGCGUUGAUAAAACCGGACUACAAUCAGUCAACCAAGAAUGCCUAUCGGAAUGUAGCCCUAUUCUUAAUCGAAAAGCAUAGGAAUCUUUUGGUUUUAUCCCAUGCAGGCGAGACUCAGACGGUAGAACAAUCCUCUUGGCCAUCGUGGGUACCGGAUUGGUGCUAUGAGAAGGCAGCCAUGGCUUUCUCAAGUUCUUGCAACCUUAACGCGUACAAUGCGGAUAGUGACGAGCCUCUGCGCACCGACACCUUGCGCACCGAAACCUCAGGAAGAGGUGGCGAUGCUAUCACUUUGCACGGAAUACAAGCUGAUGUCAUAGAAGCAUAUGGCGAUCAGCUUACAAGUUAUGGCUUCGGCUUCAAGACAUACCAAGAAGAGCGUGAUUUCGUGAAAGCAGCUUGGAAUCUAUUAGCAAAGCGUCCUCAAUUAUCUUAUGGGACAGGGGCAGACGAUACCUUCCACACAUUCAUUCUCACAUUGACUGCUGGGCCAAGCAACGAGUCGACGUCUACGAAUGAGACAUCCAGCUUUCUAAACGACGCGAAGCGAUGGUUUGUAGAACACCUAGGCAACCGGAUUGCGACUGUGUCCAUGGCCUACCGGAUAAGACUAGCUUUGUCAGGUAAAGUCGACUCGGGCCGCUUCCAUCAGGCUUUCGUCCGCGCAUGCAUGGACAGAAGAUUCUUCUUGACUAAAGAUGACCGAAUGGGCAUAGGUCCAAGGACGAUGAAAGAAGGCGACAUAAUUGCCGUUUUGUUUGGCGGCAAAGUCCCGUUUGUGCUAAGGCCAUUAGGAACAAGGUAUCGAUUCAUCGGAGAGUGCUACGUUCCUGGCUUGAUGAAGGGCGAAGCCGUUGAACAAUGGAGAGCUGGAAGCUUUGAACCAGAAAUCUUCGAACUGUACUGA